UGGGGCUGCUGAGCUGCUGUAACAGGGGGCGGUAAUGCAGCAGAAACGGGUGGCAGCUGCUUUUAAAGCUCAAGGAAGAAGAAGCUGAAGUGGCCCAAGGAAGCGCUCGGCAGCUCGCCUACUUCCCCCCACGGAGCAGCACUGUGAGCAUCCCCUCAUCAGAUCCACCCGACAUGGACUUCUCCAUCCGCGCGGCCAACCUGGACGACUGCAAGGACAUCGCGCGGAUGAUCAUGGAACUGGCAGAAUAUGAGAAAGUGACGGAUCAUAUAAAAGUCACCCAGAAAGACUUGGAGACAGACGGCUUUUCCAAGAACCCGUUCUUUCAUGGGAUCAUCGCUGAGGUGCCAGAACAGCACAGGACCAGAGAAGGCCACACAAAGAUCGGCUAUGCACUUUACUUCUAUUCUUACAGUUCAUGGAAAGGCAGAUCCAUUUAUAUGGAGGACUUGUACGUGAUGCCUGAGUUCAGAGGAAAGGGCGUUGGUAAAGCACUGAUGAGCAAGGUGGCUCAGCUGGCUCUGGCUGCCGGCUGCCACCAGCUCAACUUCACCGUCCUGGACUGGAACAAACCAUCUAUGGACUUCUACCUCAGCCAGGGCUGCUUCGAUGUCACCUCCAGCCUGGGCUACCACUGCAUGCGCUGUGAGGGGGAGGCGCUAGAGCACCUGGCUCAGCUUUAACCCAAGCCUCGUGACCUUUGCAGCCAUGAGAUCAGCUGAGACACUGCAGGGAUGGACGCCACUCAGCGGCCUCUUUACAAUUUGACACUCCUACCACAGCGUUACAUUUCAGAGGGACAACUGUUACAUUGGCUGUCUGAAGGUCUGUGCACACAGGCUGAACCAUUAUAUAUACAAAAAUGCCAUAAACUUGAUUUUCUAAUUUAGUUACAGUAAAAUUUUGGCUCUCAGUGGAUGUUUCAAUCCUGAGAGGAGGAUUGUUCAAACAAAGUGUGUAACACCACAGAAUAAAGCAGCUAAUUAUAUGCAUUCCUACUAAGCAUUUUUACUUUAGUUCUCAAUAUCAUUCAUAUUUUAGACAAUGUCUUCCACAUUAGGCAGCUGUCAGAGGACAAAAACCUCAUUAUUGCACUUGAGUAAAAUUUUCUGGUAUCUUUACUUGAGAGCAGCAGCAGCACAACUCAGCUGAUCACAGCCUGCACCCAGAAAGUCUGCUGGAGCUCACAAUAGAAAUUUCAUUCAUCCAUUCUCUUCCACUUAUCCUGUCCAGGGUCGC